AUGGCCGACAUCGUCCAGGAGACUCCUGCUGAGGAGAAACCCGCCCCCGGCCCCUCGCCAGCUCCGAACGGUGGUGCCUUGGCCUGGCUCAAUGUUCUGGGCAGCUUCAUGUUAUACUUCAACACUUGGGGCAUCCUCAACACUUUCGGCGCAUACCAGACGUACUAUGAGUCCGGCGAACUCUUCCAUGCCUCUCCUUCCAACAUCUCCUGGGUUGGAUCGCUCGCUGCCUUUCUGCUCCUGUUUGUCGGUCUCUUUGUCGGUCCCAUCUUUGAUCGCGGUUACCUUCGCAUCCUCCUCAUUGCAGGCACCCUGCUUAUUGUUUUCGGACAUAUGAUGUUGAGCCUAUGCCAUGAACUUUGGCAAGUGCUGCUUGCACAGGGAUUUGCGGUUGGGAUUGGUACAGGUUGCUUGUUUGUUCCAUGCGUUGCCAUCAUCCCUCAGUACUUUACUACCAAGAUGGGCGCUGCCCUGGGUGCAGCCGCCUCUGGAUCUGCACUUGGGGGUGUUAUUUACCCUAUUGUUCUUUAUGAACUCAUUGAUCAAAUUGGCUUCCCAUGGGCAGUCCGUGUGAUUGGAUUCAUCGCUUUAGCCACCCUCCUUAUUCCCAUCAGUCUCAUGCGUCUGCGCGUGAAGCCACCUAAGGUUCGCGCUCUCAUUGACCUGACAGCGUUUAGCGACCCAGCUUAUCUGGCGUUUGUCUUCACCUCUCUCAUCGCGUACAUGGGUCUCUUUGUCAUACUAUUCUACCUGUCAUUUUUUGCUUCAGCGACCGGCAUCACCGAUCGAAGCCUGGCAUUCUACCUGGUCCCCAUUUUCAACGCGGCCUCCGUUUUCGGCCGGACAAUUCCCAACAAGCUGGCCGACCGCUUCGGUUCUUUCAACCUUCUUGUCCCUGCCACCUUAUCCUCGGGCCUUCUGACGCUUUGCAUGAUGGCGGUGAAGUCCAAGGCCGCAGUCAUUGUUAUGGCUGUGCUGUCCGGAUUCAUGAGUGGUGCGCUCAUCGGACUGCCUCCAAUGUGUCUUGCCAACCUCACCCAGGACAAGUCCAAGCUGGGCACGCGCGUUGGCAUGGGCUAUGCCAUCAUUGCACUGGGUGUGCUUAUCAGUGGACCCAGCAGCGGUGCAAUUCUUAGGCACGGUGGUUCUUCACUUGACUGGACUAGCUUGUGGACUUUUGGUGGCGUUCCGACCUGCGUCGCGGGCUUGGGCUACGCCGCCAUACGCAUCGUCAAGUACGGGUCAAAGCUGAACAUCAAGGCUUGA